AUGGCGGGACUGGGAGCAAGCAACAAAGUCCAGCCACAGGAAGUUUUGCUUAAUAAUCAAUUCAGACUUCCUAUGCUUAUUAACGAUAGCUUCGCCGAUUGGAGAGAGAAAGCUCUCCUUACCCUGGGGUGUAUGGACUUGGAUUUGGCAAUCCAUGUAGAUGAAUCUGCAACUCUCUUGGACUUUAGUACACCAAAAGAGAAAGCUCACUAUGAACGCUGGGAACGGUCUAACCGUCUCAGUCUGAUGCUUAUCAAAGCAAAUGACUACCUAAAGGCUAUUGAAGACCAGUUUGUGAGCUCUAAGAAGGCCCUGGCGAGCACUCUGAUGGGACAACUUUGUUCUUUGAAAUAUAGUGGAGGCAAAGGAGUGCAUGAGCACAUAAUGAGGAUGCGGGAUAAAGCGGCUUAG